GACCUGCCACUAUGGGGGACAUGAAGACCCCUGAUUUUGAUGACCUCCUUGCUGCCUUUGACAUUCCUGACAUUGAUGCGAAUGAUGCUAUCCACUCUGGGCCAGAAGAAAAUGAGGGGCCUGGAGACCCGGGGAAGCCAGAACCCAGUGUGGGGGGCGAAUCUGGAGAAGCAACAGCACCAGCUGUUGGGGAUGGCCCUGGGGCUCCUGCCCAGGCCUGUGACCAUGGCCUUCCGCCACCAGACAUCUCGGCAGUCAGUGUCAUUGUCAAGAACACUGUGUGUCCUGAGCAGUCUGAGAGCCUGGCUGGGGGUUCAGGUGGGGAAGGGGCCCGGGCUGGGGGAGUGACUAAGGAGGGGCCUGUGGGACCCCGUCUGAUGCAAAAUGGUUUUGGGAGUCCUGAGCCAUCCCUCCCAGGAACCCCCUGCUCUCCAGCUCCUCCCAGUGGGGGUUCCUGGAAAGAAAAAGCCAUGGAAGGCAAAGCUCCCUUGGACCUCUUUGCUCAUUUUGGACCUGAGCCAGGAGAGCAUCCAGAUCCGCUGCCUCCCUCAGCACCCUCCCCACCUCGAGAAGGGGCCAUGACCCCACCUCCUUUCUCCUCUCCCUUUGAGCUGGCCCGGGAGAAUGGUGCAGGUCUGCUGUCACAUAGGCCUUCCCCACCACUGGGGACCUUGAAGCAGGGCGAUUGCAGCCCCCUUCGUCCACCCCUUGCCCGGCGAGGCUCAGGUUCCAGCCCUGAGGGCACAGACAUGCCUGCUGGCUCCUCACCUCCCCAUGUUGCUGGGGUGCCCUUCUUCAAGCAGUCUCCUGGGCACCGGAGCCCUCUUGCCUCCCCUGAAGUGCCCGGCUGCCAGACUAUAAAGGAAGAGGAAGACGAUGAUGAGGGGCCAGUGGACAAGUCUCCCCCUGGAAGCCCCCAGAGUCCCUCUAGUGGAGCUGAAGCAGCAGAUGAGGACAGCAAUGACUCCCCGACCUCCUCUAGUUCCUCUAGGCCCCUCAAGGUGCGGAUCAAGACUAUUAAAACAUCUUGCGGGAAUAUUACGAGAACUGUAACUCGAGUCCCCUCAGACCCUGAUCCUCCUGCUCCCCCGGCCGAGGGGGCUUUCCUGGCUGAGGCUAGCCUCCUAAAGCUGUCCCCUGCACCCCCGACUCCUGAGGGUCCAAAGGUGGUGAGCGUCCAGCUGGGUGAUGGCACGAGGUUAAAGGGCACCGUGCUGCCAGUGGCCACCAUCCAGAAUGCCAGCACUGCCAUGCUGAUGGCGGCCAGUGUGGCCCGAAAAGCUGUGGUUCUGCCUGGAGGGACUGCCACCAGCCCUAAGACAGUGGCUAAGAAUGUGCUAGGCCUGGUGCCCCAAGCCCUGCCCAAGGCUGAGGGGCGGGCUGGGCUAGGGACAGGAGGGCAGAAGGUGAAUGGAGCCUCAGUGGUGAUGGUGCAGCCUUCAAAGCCGGCCACUGGGCCAGGGGCGGGGGGUGGCACAGUGAUCUCACGGACCCAGUCCAGCCUGGUGGAGGCCUUCAACAAGAUUCUCAAUAGCAAGAACCUGCUGCCUGCCUAUAGGCCGAACCUGAGUCCCCCUGCUGAGGCGGGACUGGCCCUGCCUCCAACUGGCUACCGCUGCCUUGAGUGUGGGGAUGCCUUCUCCCUGGAGAAGAGUCUGGCACGGCACUAUGACCGCCGGAGCAUGCGCAUAGAGGUCACCUGCAACCACUGUGCCCGCCGCCUGGUCUUCUUCAACAAAUGCAGUUUGUUGCUGCACGCGCGCGAGCAUAAGGAUAAGGGGCUUGUCAUGCAGUGCUCACAUCUGGUCAUGAGGCCUGUCGCCCUUGACCAGAUGGUGGGGCAGCCAGAUAUCACACCCCUGCUGCCUGUGGCCGUCCCACCUAUCCCUGGACCUCCAGCCCUGCCUGCCUUGGGGAAGGGUGAUGGGGCUGUCGCCUCCUCCGCCAUUACUACAGUUGCUGCCGAGGCUCCUGUGUUGCCACUCUCAGCUGAGCCACCUGCUGCCCCAGCCUCUGCUUAUACGUGCUUCCGCUGCCUGGAGUGCAAGGAGCAGUGCCGGGACAAGUCUGGCAUGGCUGCCCACUUCCAGCAGCUUGGACCUCCUGCCCCUGGGGCCACCAGCAAUGUGUGCUCUACCUGCCCCAUGAUGCUCCCCAAUCGCUGCAGCUUCAGUGCCCACCAGCGCAUGCAUAAGAGCCGGGCCCCCCACAUCUGUCCUGAGUGUGGGGGCAACUUCCUGCAAGCCAAUUUUCAGACCCAUCUUCGAGAGGCCUGUCUGCAUUUCUCUCGUCGAGUAGGAUACAGGUGCCCUAGCUGUUCAGUGGUAUUUGGGGGUGUGAACUCCAUCAAGUCCCAUAUCCAGACGUCACACUGCGAGGUUUUCCACAAGUGCCCCAUCUGCCCCAUGGCCUUCAAGUCUGCACCCAGUGCCCAUGCCCACCUCUACACCCAGCAUCCUAGCUUCCACACGCAGCAGGCCAAGCUGAUCUACAAGUGCGCCAUGUGUGACACCGUCUUCACUCACAAGCCCCUCCUCUCUUCACACUUCGACCAGCAUUUGCUGCCCCAGCGUGUCAGUGUCUUUAAGUGCCCAUCCUGUCCUCUGCUCUUUGCCCAAAAAAGGACCAUGCUGGAACAUCUCAAGAACACCCAUCAGUCUGGACGUUUGGAGGAGGAGACUGCUGGGAAGGGGGCUGGGGGUGCCCUUCUGACCCCUAAGACUGAGCCUGAGGAGCUGGCUGUGUCUCGGGGAGGGGCAGCCCCCGCCACUGAGGAAUCAUCUUCAUCUUCAGAAGAAGAGGAACUGCCCAGCUCCCCUGAGCCCCCUCGCCCAACUAAGCGGCCCCGACGGGAACUAGGGAACAAAGGCAUCAAGGGUGGGGGUGGGGGGCCUGGAGGCUGGACCUGUGGCCUUUGUCACUCCUGGUUCCCUGAGCGUGACGAGUAUGUGGCUCACAUGAAGAAGGAGCACGGCAAGUCAGUGAAAAAGUUUCCCUGUCGCCUGUGUGAGCGCUCCUUCUGCUCCGCCCCCAGCCUGAGGCGCCACGUCAGGGUCAAUCACGAGGGCAUCAAGCGAGUUUACCCAUGCAGGUAUUGCACGGAGGGAAAACGCACCUUCAGCAGCCGCCUGACCCUGGAGAAGCACGUCCAGGGCCGGCAUAGCUUGCAGCUUGGGGCCCAGUCCCCUGGUCGGGGUAGUGCCCUGGCUCGGGGCCCUGGUGCCAGAGCCCAGGGACCAGGACGGAAACGUCGCCAGUCUUCUGAUUCUUGCAGCGAGGAGCCUGACAGCACAACUCCACCAGCCAAGUCCCCCCGAGGUGGACCUGGGUCUGGAGGCCACGGCCCCCUGCGUUUCCAGAGCAGCGGCUCUUCGGAGCAGAGCCUUAUGGUGGGGUUGAGGGUGGACGGUGGGACCCAGCAGUGCCUUGACUGUGGCCUGUGCUUUGCCUCCCCUGGCUCACUGAGCAGGCAUCGUUUCAUCAGCCAUAAGAAGAGGCGAGGUGUAGGUAGUGCUAGUGCCCUAGGGCUGGGGGAUGGAGAGGAAGAGGUCUCCCAUCCAAAGUCUGACCCAGAAGGUGGAGAUUCACCUUUGCCUGCUUCUGGAGGUCCACUGACCUGUAAAGUCUGUGGCAAGAGCUGUGACAGCCCUCUCAACCUCAAAACCCAUUUUCGCACGCAUGGCAUGGCCUUUAUCAGGGCUCGGCAAGGGGGCAGUGGGGACAACUAG